CUGGGAGGAACAAAAUGGAAAAGAGGAGGAGAAAAAAGAGGAGGGAGAUGGUUGCAAGAAUAGCAUGAGGCUGUCCUUCCUCCAUCGCCAUGGCAUUUAGCUCCAAGAAGUAGGGGGAGGGAGGGGGAAGCCUUUGUGAGGAGAAAGCAAGCAAGGUUGGACGCAAGGAAGAGAGGAGAAGGAAGAGCAGGAGGAGAGGGGAACCCAUCUCUCUCUCUCUCCAUCUCAUCCUCCUCUCUGCCUCUCUUCCUCUUCUUUGCGCCGCCGUCCUUCACUCCUCUGAUCCACUCACCGGCCGGCGCGCAUCGCCGUCACGCAUCACGGUGGACGCGGCGUACGUCGGCGACGGGCAAGAUCGUCGGAGACAGCUAGCAGGAGGCCGGCGCGAUGCAAGGAGGAGGCCCCCUCAGCCCCGACGAGCACCGGGCCACCUCGCCGUCGGGCCUGCACCAGCCGGCGUCGACGAUCGUCGUCGCCGUCGACCGUGACCGGAACAGCCAGCUGGCCGUGAAGUGGGUCGUCGACCACCUCCUCUCCGGCGCCUCCCACAUCAUCCUCCUCCACGUCGCCGUCCACCCCCCCGCCGCCAACCAUGGGUUCGCCAUGGCGGAGGCGACGCAGGGCGCGCUGGAGGCUGAAAUGAGGGAGAUCUUUGUCCCCUUCAGAGGAUUCUGCACCCGGAACGGGGUGCACGUAUCAGAGGUGGUACUGGAAGAGGCAGACGUGUCAAAGGCCAUCAUAGAGUUCAUCACCGCAAGCAAUAUCCAGAGCAUCGCGCUCGGCGCGUCCAACAGAAACGCAUUCACCAAGAAAUUCAGGAACGCCGACGUGCCGUCCAGCCUGAUGAAGGGCGCGCCGGACUACUGCAACAUCUACGUGGUGGCGAAGGGCAAGUCGGUGAACGUCAGGCUCGCCAAGUGCGGCGUGCCGAGCGGCCUCGCCGGCGAGGGAUACGACGGGGAGUCCAUCAGGAGCGCUGCGGGGUCGUACACGAGGAGGAGCUCGAGGGGGAAGCUGCCGCCGGCGGCGCCGGAGAUGGCGAGGCGGUCCGUGGACGCGCGCACCGUGCCGGAGCUCACCACGCGGCCGCCGUUCCGCGAGCGGUCGCUGAACAAGAUCGUCCCCAUGUCCGGCGUCAGGGCGGCGUCCGACGGCGCCGACGGGUCGUACCGCUCCACGAGGCGGUCCACGUCGAACGACUCCCUCAUCGGCGACCUCGACUUCGGCCAGAGCACGCGCUUCUCCUCCAUGGACUUCUGCGACAACCUCGACGUGUCGUCACUCUCCACCAGCCCACGGGAGACCAGCUCGCCUCACUCCGCCCCGCAGCGCGAGGUGGAGGUGGAGAUGCGGCGGCUGCGGCUGGAGCUGAAGCAGACGAUGGACAUGUACAACGCGGCGUGCCGGGAGGCGAUCAACGCGAAGCAGCGGACCAAGGAGCUGCAGCUGCUGAAGCUGGAGGAGGCGCGGCGGCUGGAGGAGGCGAGGCACGCGGAGGAGGCGGCGCUGGCGGUGGCCGAGAUGGAGAAGACCAAGUGCCGCGCGGCCAUGGAGGCGGCCGAGGCGGCGCAGCGCCUGGCCGACCUGGAGGCGCAGCGGCGGCGCAACGCCGAGGUGCGCGCCCGCCGGGAGGCCGACGAGAAGGUGCGCGCCCUGGACGCCAUCUCCAACCACGACUUCCGCUACCGCCGGUACAACAUCGACGACAUCGAGCUCGCCACCGAGCGCUUCUCCGACAAGCUCAAGAUCGGCGAGGGCGGGUACGGCCCGGUCUACCGCGCGUCGCUCGACCACACGCCGGUGGCGAUCAAGGUGCUCCGGCCGGACGCGCAGCAGGGGAGGAAGCAGUUCCAGCAGGAGGUGGAGGUGCUCAGCUGCAUCCGCCACCCAAACAUGGUGCUCCUCCUCGGCGCCUGCCCGGACUACGGCUGCCUCGUCUACGAGUACAUGGACAACGGCAGCCUCGAGGACCGCCUGUUCCGCCGCGGCGGCACGCCGUCGAUCCCCUGGACCCAGCGGUUCCGGAUCGCGGCGGAGAUCGCCACGGCGCUGCUCUUCCUCCACCAGACCAAGCCCGAGCCGCUGGUCCACCGCGACCUGAAGCCGGCCAACAUCCUCCUCGACCGCAACUACGUCAGCAAGAUCAGCGACGUCGGCCUGGCCCGCCUCGUGCCGCCGGCGGUGGCCGACAGCGUCACGCAGUACCGGCUGACGGCGACGGCCGGCACCUUCUGCUACAUCGACCCGGAGUACCAGCAGACCGGGAAGCUCGGCGUCAAGUCGGACAUCUACUCCCUCGGCGUGCUGCUGCUGCAGGUGGUGACGGCGCGGCCGCCGAUGGGGCUCACCCACCACGUCGAGAAGGCCAUCGAGGCCGGCACCUUCGCCCAGAUGCUCGACGUCACCGUCAAGGACUGGCCCGUCGAGGAGGCCAUCGGCUUCGCCAAGCUCGCGCUCAAGUGCACCGAGAUGCGGCGGAGGGACCGCCCCGACCUCGGCACCGUCAUACUGCCCGAGCUCAACCGCCUCAGGAACCUCGGCCACGCCUACGAGCAGCGGAUGAGCGCCGCCGGAGUCGACGGCGCCGUCGUGCACUCGCCGGAGAAGGCCACCGUGAGCUCGCCGACGGCGGUUGGCGGCGCGUCGUGGAGAACGGCCGAGAGCUAGUACGUGGUGUCAUCAGUUUUUGUUAGGGAGCUCACACGAGAGAAGAUGGUACAUUUACGUUCUUUUUUUCGGGGGUAAAUCCUUCAAAAACCUCGGCGUAUGUACAGUUUUCUUUUGAAAUUUAACAAAGUUUUGCGGUGCUGGCUCUAAA